CAACAUCAGAAUAUAAAACAACAACACAACACACACACACAGAACUUACUGUGCUUGAUUUUUUCGCAAUAUUUCUGUUGGCUGAAACUGUACUUGGGCGGAAAACUUCGGGAAAAGUUAUAUGGUUCUGGGUGCAGCUUUAAUUCAUUAGCUAUGGCUGGCAAUGCACUCAAACGUCUGAUGGCGGAGUACAAACAACUUACCCUGAAUCCACCCGAGGGAAUAUUGGCUGGGCCCAUCAAUGAAGAAAACUUUUUUGAGUGGGAGGCACUAAUUACAGGACCUGAGGGGACAUGCUUUGAUGGAGGAGUGUUCACAGCAAAGCUGACCUUUCCACCAGACUACCCACUGAACCCACCCAAGAUGCAAUUCUGCUGUGAAAUGUUUCAUCCCAACAUUUACGCCGACGGCCGUGUGUGCAUCUCCAUCCUGCACGCGCCCGGCGACGAUCCGAUGGGCUACGAGACCUCGGCAGAGCGCUGGAGCCCCGUGCAGAGCGUCGAGAAGAUCCUGCUCUCGGUGGUCAGCAUGCUGGCAGAGCCAAACGACGAGAGUGGCGCGAACGUGGACGCCGCCAAAAUGUGGCGCCAAGACCGCGAACAGUUUCAGAAGAUCGCCCAGCGGCUGGUGCGUAAGUCGCUCGGGCUGCCGCCGCCCUGAGAUGGACAGAUACGAUAUAGCGGAUAUGAUCUGUACCCAGUGGUCAUGGACAGGUCAGGGGAGAGGGGUAUACCCACAGGAGGGGCACGGGCGAUAACCCACGGACGACAGUGCCAUACCGACUGGUGAGGAAGUCGGUAGAAUAUGGUUCUGUGGCGCUGAAUACGUCCAGGGAGCUUCCAGUGUGAUGAUGACACGUCAAAACAUGAGAUGAUAUAGGUACCUAAUUCGUCCGCCGCAAAUGGUAAUGGUUUUGUUGGUGUGUACCGCGGGGACCUGGUAUGAAGUACGGAGGUAUGACAGGCCCGAGGCCCUAAGUUUUCCACGCCAGCUUUUCCAUCAUAAAGUUAUUACGUUGUGGUACGUGAGGCGCGUGCCACGGAAGUGUCCGAGCUGCUUGUUAUAUUUAAAAUGGUAUAUAUGUGUGUGUAUACAGAGAAUCGCUAAGUUGUAUGGAUGUCGUGUUUUUCAUCAUGUCAGGUUAAUUUGUGAACGGCGAGGACUGUUAGUUGGCCCGGGCCCUGUUCAAGUGUCCGCGGCCGCCGCGGCUCCCGCGGCCAAAAAGGCGGAGCUUAGCUGGCGGCCAAUCAGGCGAGAGCAGCAUUCUGGGUAAUGCGUAGCUCUUCCUGCGGCUCCCGCGGUCGCUCGGGAGCGACCGCAAGGAAACUUCGACAUAAACUGCGCGCGUGAGUCAAAACAUUGCGGAUUUCGCUCUUUGUUUCGGUUGAUUUUAUUAUGUUGUUAAGGUAUAAUUGCUUCAAAAAGGUACUAAUUGAAGUAAUAAAGCCAUUUUAAAGCAAUUACGCACAAAAUUUUGAUCAGCAUCUCCUUUCAAAACAACCGUGCCAUUCUCGUCGCCGGCCGCAGCGGCCGCAGCCGCAAGGGUGUUCAACCUAACCGAAAUUAGGCUCCGCCUCCCGGCCGCGGGAGCCGCGGCGGCCGCAGAGCACUUGAACAGAGCCCCGGAGCGAACUUCCACUUUUUUGUUAAUACGACAUCGAUGGUUUGGAAAUGUAAUUGAAAUCAGAGCCUCAGGUCACCAGGUGUGAAUAAGAGUACAUGUAUGGGCAACGAA